AUGGCGAGGCACCUCUCUCGAAGCGCGAUUAAUUACGCUACUCAUGUCGCCCCACGUCCUCAGUCGAUCUCGUACACGAAGGAGGGAGCAGUCACCGUUUCGUAUCCCACGCUGGCGUCUGAGCCUCUAUCGUUGGGUGCUUCGAUAGAAGAAGCAUUCGGCUCUCACCCUAAAUCUCUCGGUAUCAUCAUCGUUCGCGACCUACCACCUCAAUACCAGACGUACAGGGAGAGGCUGCUCAAGCUCGCGCAUAGUUUUGCAACGCUCCCAGAGCCUACCAGAGAAAAGUAUGCUGAUCCAACCUCAAAAUACAGUUUCGGGUGGUCUCAUGGCAAGGAAAUCAUGAACGGGAAGCCCGAUCUACUGAAAGGCUCGUAUUAUGCCAACCCAGUUGCGGACAGGCCUACAGUGUCAUCAACCUUACGGGCCAUGUACCCAGAGUACUACGGCAACAACAUUUGGCCAGAGAAAGGGGAGAAAGGAAUAGAAGGUUUCGAGGAAGCCUUCAAAGACCUUGGAGGAUUUGUACUCAAAGUGGGCUAUGCAUUGGCUGCCGCUUGUCAACCUUUCGCGUUGUCACAUCUCCGCGACACGUCCGUAUCAUUGCCAGAUAUCAUCGCCAACUCACAGACGACCAAGGCUCGCCUCCUUCACUAUUUCCCUCCUGCCCCAGGUACGACUCCGAAGGAAGAUGAACCUGUCGACAGUUGGUGUGGCUUCCAUCUCGAUCAUUCUAUCCUCACAGGGCUUUGUUCGGCCAUGUUCCUAGAACAAGGCGCGAAUGGUGCAGUCAAAAUAGUGGCUUCGCCGUCUCCUUCGUCAGGACUGUACAUCCGUACAAGGGGCGGCGAUCUAACCAAAGUCACCAUCCCUCCAGAUUGCUUGGCGUUCCAAACUGGAGAGGCGCUCCAGCUUGCCACUGGUGGAAAAUUACGCGCAACACCUCACUGCGUCCGGGUAGGAGGCAGCGCGAAUGCUGAGUCGAUUUCUCGCGAGACAUUCGCCCUCUUCAUGCAACCAGAAGUCAACCAACAGCUUUCCCCAUCACAAACUUUCGGAGAAUUUAGCAAGCGUGUUUUCGAUGAACAUUACAACGAAGACUCUAUGUCUAAAUAA